AAUAAAUCUUUAAAAUAAAUAGAGAAAUAAAUUAAAAAGAACAUCAGGUUUGUAAGUGAAAGAGCCGUGUAUGAAACUGUGCUUUGCUCUUCACUUAUCUUUUGUUUUGUUUUGUUUUCAGCCUGGCUAAUUCCUAACUGAGUCCCUCGGUUUCUGCCUUUGCUCCUUUAUGUGAAUGUGCCUGGUGCCCUGCAGUUGCUCAACAUACGUUGUUAGAUCUAGAAACAGGAAGGGCAGCUUACUUUUCAGGAUGUUAGAGAUAAGUAAUUCUGGACUUCGCUAGAUCUGAGCAGUUCUCUGACCCACUUGGAAUUUACCAUGUUUACUCUGUUAAAGGAGAUUUUAUUGGCUAGGUAGCUCAAGGGUAAGAACGAAAGCUGGAGGAAAGCAGCUGAGAGCUUAGGUAAGAAGAUACUCUCCCAGGCAGGGCCCUGCCACGCCCCCUAUAUUUUACCUUUCUGACCUCCAACCUCUGAGUCCUCUGCCCUGUAGCCCGUGACCUCCCUUAAUGCAGGUGGCACCCACUGGGGAGGGUGGGUUGCCUGUCUACUGAAAAGGAACAUGGCUGUAGAUCCACAUGGUCAGGUCGAAGGUGAGGCUGGCACAACAGAUUUGAUCAAACCCGACUGGAACAGGGCCAGAUGUAAUACUGAGGUCUAGCAAGGAAAUGUCUCACAACGCACAAGCCAGCAGAGUACAAGAGAAUGAAGCUGAUUUUAAAAGUCCUUUUCAUAGAUGCACUUUGGUAGAAAGAGCUGCUUUUGGAAACUCAUGGGUAGAUUUCUAAUUUCUGGAGAAAAUGCUGUGCUAAUUGAACAGAAAUGUCACUGAUAAGCAUUGUGUUAUGGCUACACGUAAAACUGUCUUUGAAUUUAAAACAGGUGUAGAAAUAUAGUGUGGCAUUAUGCUUGCACAUGCUUGUGAGUAUGUGUAAAGGUUUGGAGAGUUAAUAUUUAAUUCAGUUAUAGUCAUAAUCAUUCAUUGCUGUGGUCUCUGUAAAGAGUUGGGUGGACUUCACUCCCGUUUUCAUUCUCCUUUUCUUCCUAUUUGCAUGGCUUCCUCAUUGUGCUAUUCCUGCCUCUGGGAUUCUCACUUCAAGAGGGGACCUAAACCUUAUACUGUGCCAGGAAAUAGCCUGAAGCAGUUUUUGUCCUGAAGAGAAAAAUUAAUGAGUGAUAACCUCAAGUGAAGCACUGACAUUGUUUUAAUUAGAAUCCUUGCUGAAGAGAUUUGGCACAGUAGAGACAGAACCAUUCAGUCCUUGGAAAUUGCUGACAGUUGUGUCCUGUGCAUCUCUGUGGACCUAGUAGGGAAGUGUCUCCCUUGUGGCAAUGGGAGACAGGAGGGUCAUGACACGGAAGCUGCUAGAAUGCAGUUUCAGUGACAAGUUGUGUGUUGUCCAAGAGGGGCAGUAUGAAGUGAUCAUCGUCCCAGCUCUCUUUGUUGGUGCCUUCCUCAUCCUCCUUGGAGUCAUCCUGUGGCUUUUUAUCAGAGGACAAAGAGCCCAACAGCAGCGCUCUGGACGCCAAGGCAUUGCUCCCAUGCCAUCAUCCAGAGGCCUACGCUGGGAAGAAGCUGGGCAAGGAGGAAAUGUGUGUGUGCCUCUUAAGGAGACUUCAGUGGAGAGCUUUCUACGAGCUAGAGCACCUGUCCUGGAUAAGCUGCAGGUGCCCCGGGAGCAACUCUCUGAAGUUCUGGAGCAGAUCUACAAUGGUAGUUGUGGGCCCAUCUAUCGAGCCAAGAGGAACAGUGGGGACUCUUCUGCUAAACCCAAGAGUGUUGUCCUCAAAGCUUUGAAAGAGUCAGCUGGGCUCCACGAGGUGCAGAAUUUCUUAGGACAAAUCCAAUUCUAUCAGUACCUGGGGAAACACAAGAACCUGGUGCAACUGGAAGGCUGCUGCACAGAGAGGCUGCCGCUGUAUAUGGUGUUGGAGGAUGUAGCCCAGGGGGACCUGCUCAGCUUUCUUUGGACCUGUCGCCGGGAUGUGAUGACCAUGGAUGGCCUUCUCUAUGAUAUCACAGAAAAACAAGUGUACCACAUUGGAAAGCAGGUCCUUUUGGCUCUGGAAUUCCUGGAGGAUAAGCAUCUGUUCCAUGGGGAUGUGGCAGCCAGGAACAUCCUGAUCCAAAGUGAUCUAACUGCUAAGCUCUGUGGGCUGGGCUUGGCUUACGAAGUCCACACCCAAGGGGCCAUCUCCUCCGCUCGGACCAUACCUCUCAAGUGGCUCUCCCCAGAACGACUUCUCCAGAGACCUGCUGGCAUCAGAGCAGACAUUUGGUCUUUUGGGAUCCUGCUAUAUGAGAUGGUGACUCUAGGAGCACCACCAUAUCCUGAAGUCCCUCCCACCAGCAUCCUGCAGCAUCUCCAGAGAAGGAAAAUCAUGAAGAGACCCAGUAGCUGCAAACACACCAUGUAUAAUAUUAUGAAGUCCUGCUGGCGCUGGAGUGAGGACAGCCGCCCUCUGCCUAGAGAGCUGCGUGUGCGCCUUGAAGCUGCUGCUAGAACUGCAGAUGACAAGGCUGUGUUGCAAGUGCCAGAGUUGGUGGUGCCUGAACUGUAUGCAGCCGUGGCCGGCAUCAGUGUAAACAGCCUCUCCUACAGCUACAGCAUCCUUUGACGGCCCCACCCCCCACUCCAGCAGGAAACACUCAUGGACGACUGUAUGCUCUUCGAAACAGUUUUCCUCCAAGAACAAAGAACAGACUUUCUGGGGGAGAGAUAAAGGGAGAAAUGGGACAAGCAUUCUGGAUCUCUCCCUAACCAUUUCCCUAGAAUUCUAAAAUGAUGUUGGAUGAGGCUCUCCACACAUAUCUCUUUGAGCUCAGGAAUUCGUUAUCAGUCCCAUUUUGAUAGACCCUGGGGGAGCAGUGGUGGAAAACGUUACAGCCCAGCAGGUAUCAGAAAUCUGCAGUGUUUGUUGGGACAUGACAAACAUGAGCUGGUAUCUCCCACCCAAGGUUAGUUUACUCCUGAAGAAUGUUUUUAUCUAGACUCCUACAAAGUCCAGAGGAACAGAAAUCCAAUGAGAGAGUGGAUGAGAAAGAAUAUACAAGAUUUAAUUUGCUUCAGGAGUGUAGGUGUGGACCCAAAUCUGUGUAUGUGUGUGUGUGUUUGUGUGUAUGCACAUGGGUGUAAUGAAUAAGGAUUGUGAUGGCUAAGUAUGAAGGUUUGGUGGUUUAGAAGUCUUUAAGAGGGGUUAGAAAAGCAUGUAUGUAAUCUGAUAUGGAAGGAUGGUAGCUUCAUGGUGAAAUAUCAUUAAAUUAAUACUCAUUAAAUGGAAGUACGAUUUUCUGGUUCACAGCUGCCAAAGUAUUUCUACAAUAGAGAAGAUAAAGGUAAAUGCCUAGAAGUUAAUUCAACAGAAAAAUUUAAGGGACAACCUACAUUGUCAGAAAAGGGAUUCUUUAUGUGUGAAAUGGGGAUAAUAUCCAACUCACAGAAGGAUUGAAUGAGAGUAUGUAUUUGUGCAGUGUCUGGCAUAAAACAGUGCUCAAUAAAUGUUAGUUUCCUGUCUUGUGCCCUUCCUAACCCAGAAUCUUCCAAAUAGAUUUCAUAUAAAAUCUGUGACCCAGAAGAAAGCCUUGGUCUGUGACAGUACAAAGCUGGAAAGGCCUGUAGAUAAUGGCAUGGUACAACAAACAACACAUGAAUAAAAUGGUAAAGUCAAUGUUUUUCAAAAAAGUAUGUAUGUAUUUGAGAGAGAGAGAGAGAGAGAGAGAGAGAGGGAAAUAGAGAAUAUCAAGACAUCCUAUCCACUGGUUUACCCUCAUGCCUGUAAGAGCUGGUGCUGGGCCAGGCCAAAAUCAGGAGCUGAGAACUCAAUCUGGGUCUCCCACAUGGGUGGCAGAGAUCAAAGUGCUUCAGCCAUCACCCGCAGCCUCCCAGGAUGUGCAUUAGCAGGAAGCUGGAGUCUAAAGCAGAGUCAGGACUCAAACCCCACACUCCCAUAUGGGAUACAGGCAUCCCAAGUGCUAUCUUAACUGCUGCCCCUGAUGUCACCAUUUUUGUGUGAACUUCUGGAUGACAAUAAUAUUCCUAUUUCAAAAUAUUAAAGAUAGGGGUCGGCACUGUGGCAUAGUAGGCUGGGCCUCUGCCUGCAGCACUGGCAUCCUAUAUAGGUGCUGGUUUGUGUCCUGGCUCCUCUUCCAAUCCAGCUCUUGGGUCCUGGCUUCGGAUUAGCUCAGUUCUGGCUGUUGGGGCCACUGGGGAGUGAAUCAGUGGAUGGAAGACCUUUCUCUGUCUCUCCAUCUCUGUCUCUCAAAUAAAUAAAUACAAAAAUUUUAAAAAAUAUUAAAAGUAUCAUGAUGAGAGCAAAUCUGUUGAAUAUGAUGAUCUGUAAUUUUAAAGAACACUGGGCUGGAGGCCAACAUUGUGGCAUAGCAGGUAAAGCUGCUGCCUGUGACCCCAGCAUCCCAUAUGGGCGCCGGUUUGUGUCCUGGCUGCUUGGCUCCACUUCUGAUCCAGCUCUCUGCUAUUGUGCACAAAAAGCAGCAGAGCAUGGCUCAACUGUUUGGGAGACCUGGAUGAAGCUCCUGGCUUUGGCCUGGUCCAGCCCUGGCUCUUGUGGCCAUGUGAGGUGUGAACCAAAAGAUGGAAGAUCUCUGUCUCUCACUCUCUCUCUCCAUCUCUCUAACUCUGACUGUCCAAGUAAGUAAAUUAAAAAAAAAAUAGAAUGCUGGGAUCUAAAGCUGCUGAAGGAAAAAUGACAGCUAAAAAUGAUGUAGGAGUUGGAAACUUGAUGGAGUCAUGAUGAGUUAGCCAAAUAAAGACUGAUUCUGUUACUCCUGGAAACUUCUCAAUGAUUUGUUGGGAUUUAAAUGGGCAGUGGAUGGCAAUAGAAGGGAGGUAGAGUGGCUUGGAACAAACAAUAAGUUUCUGGGGAAAUUCCAUUGUUUCUCAGAUGUUCCUUUAAGUCAAAUUUACAAAGUAUUUAUUUGUUCACGUACUUAAAAUGAAACUUUUAAAUGUUUAUUUAUUCAUUUGAAAGGGAGAGACAAUGAUAAGGAAGCAGAAAUAUUGAGAAGUCUUCCAUCUGUGAGUUCAUUCCCCAAAUGCCCACGACAGCAGAGGCUGGGGCAGGCUUAAGUCAGGAGACAACAAACAACACAUGAAUAAAAUGGUAAAGUCAAUGUUUUUCAAAAAAGGGAUCCUAUCUGGGUCUCCCACAGGGGUUGCAGACCCCAAGCACUUGAGCCAUCAUCUGCUUCCUCCCAGGGUGCACAGAUUAACAGGAAUCUGGAUAGGAAGUGGCGAUGAGACUUCAAUGCAGGCACUCCAAUAUGGGAUGCAGCAUCCCAAACAGCAACUUCUCCCACUGCGCUGCCAUAGUCACACAGAUACUGAAUACUGACUCACUGUGCCAGACACUGGAUGCCAGGUGUUGGAUAAAAAAAUAAAUAAAAACAAGGAGAUUUUUGAUUAGUUCAGAAGCUAAGAGACUGUAUAUUUAUUUGUGUGGGUAUCUUUUAGUUACAAAUUAUAUUAAGCACUAUCAAAAGAAAUCAUAGGAUAGAAAGAAGUAUGCUGUAUCUUUGAAGAUACAGCAUUUAACUUGAGACCUUAGGGAUGGGUAGGGAAGACAGUGGGAAGAGCCUUCCAGGAAUGCACUACAUUGGUGAAAACUCCAGGGCAAGAAGCAUUGUUUGAGGAACUUCAAGGAAGCAUAGGGGCUGCACAUGGUGAGAGGGAUAGUGGUACAGUGAAAUGCAGAAUGAACCUUUCAAAGGAUCCAUGCAUAUUUGUUUUGGUAGGAGGGAAAGAAGCAGACAAUUAGCAUUUUAAACUUUACCCUAAUUUAUUUAUUUUCCUGAAU